AUUGCGCUUCUCCUCUGCGCCCUCUUCCAUCUCGUCCACUCCAAAAUUCUUCUUCCUGGCCCCUCCGGACCCUGCCAGGUGCAGAUCAAAUCAACAGAAUUAAUCGACCACUCGCGGGUCGACCCUUACAGUCCCACGCACGAUGCCCGAGCGAUCAUGGUCAGCGCAUUUGCGCCUGUCAACUGCGGCGAGUUGCAGUAUACGCCCUAUAUCCCUCCGCGAAUCUUCCCAGAAGCCAGCCAGAAAAUGAAACUUCCAAAUAGCACUCUGAAUGUUUUUGAUCUACCUUCAUUUGCACCCUCGGAACAUCAAAACACAACGAAGGAAUAUCCCGUUAUUCUCUUCUCGCCUGGAAUGGGCAGCUCCCGACUCAUUUACGCCAACCUCCUCGAAGAAAUCGCCAGCGCGGGCUAUCUAGUCAUCUCCAUCGACCAUCCCCAUGAUGCGGCAGCGGUAGAAUUCCCUGACGGCCACGUCAUCCCCAUGAACCCCAGUAUCCCACACAACGUUUCAUUAGCCCUGCAGACCCGCGUUGGCGAUGUCGUUUUCACUCUAAACCAACUCCAACACAAAACUCAAUCUAUAACGCCCCCUUCCUUCUCGAGCAGCCUACACUUGAAUCAUGUAUCCAUCGUCGGCCACUCAGAAGGCGGUGCAACCGCCGCAGCAACAAUGCUCAACGACAUGCGUUUUGCAGGAGGCGUUAACCUAGACGGCAGUUUAUUCGGCCCCGUUGUACACAAAGGCCUCGACCGCCCAUUUAUCAACAUCGGUGAUCCGCAUUUGGCAAAAGAGCAGAAAUGGGCUUGGGAUGUGAUAUGGGAACGGUUGCGUGGAUACAGACUUCAGUUAAGGAUUAAUGAUAUUAAGCAUCUGGGGUUUACGGAUCUGCCGCUGGUGUUUGAUAGUGCGCCGAAUGCGAAGGUGCUUCGGAAUGAGAGUGCAGAGCACUUGGGGUCGUUGCCUGGGUUGGGGACGUUGCCUGGGUUGAGGGUCAGGACGAUUUUGGCGGAGUAUAUCACGGCUGCUUGUGAGUUUUUUGUCACGGGGGAAAAAGCUGGAUUGUUGAACAGGGCGUCGCCGGUAUAUCCGGAGGUUGUAUAUGUG